AUGGUGUCCACUAACCAUGUUUUUUCUGGUUUUGCAUUCAUCGGCUUUGUUUUAGUCAGUAUCCUUUUGCCACUCCAUAUAAAAGCAAGAAAUAUUGGUACAUGUGCCCUCGUUAUAUGGAUAGGCUUGCUUUGCUUGAAUGGACUCGUAAACUCAAUCAUUUGGGAUCAUAAUGUGACCAACUGGGCACCUGUGUGGUGUGAUAUAUCAUCUCAUUUGAUGAUAGGCGGGGGAAUUGGGGUGCAGUCAGCGGGUUUAUGUAUUGCUCGUCAUUUGUAUUUUGUCACAAGAAACAUAACCACAAACCGGCCCAGUCAAAUCAGACAUUGGAGAGCCAUUACAUGUGACUUUUUUCUGGUCAUAGGAGUUCCAAUGUUGUACAUGGUCUCAUCCUAUAUUGUUCAAUUUACCCGCUUCAUCAUUUACGAGGAAAUAAGCUGCUAUUUUGCAUUAUACAACACGCAGCCCACUUACCCGUUACUUUUUAUAUGGCCGAUCAUUGUGUCUUUUAUAAUUCUGGUUUAUUUAGGUGUUAUUAUUCGCACCUUGAUACAGCGGGGAGCAGGAUUCAAAGAACUCAUGAAACAUGAUGAACCAUUUUGCCGACUAUUGGCACUGGCCCUUGUGAUAGUCGCCUGCACAGUUCCGAACAGUCUAUGGGCAAUUAUACAGGAUGCAACUGAAAAUCCAGUUGUUCCUUGGCCUGGGUGGGAUUAUCUGCAUGCUGAUUUUUCUUAUGUUUUAAAGGUUCCAGCUACUGAGUGGCAAGCAAUGCCUGCGCAAACCGCUGCUAUACAAUACACGCGAUGGUGUUUUGUGAUGUACGCCAUCAUUGUUUUUUCUUUUUUUGGUUUUACGACAGAAGCAAAGAAGAGCUACCGUGCUGUGGCAGGCUUCCUUACUAGCUACUUUAGUAUCUUCGCGAUCCUCAAAGAUUGA